GGGACGGAGGGAAGGAGGGGCGGAAAGAGGGCGGAAAGUGAAAGGCAUAGAGCGCCUCUCUUUCCCCCGUCUGACUCAGUUCUCGACUGCUCCGAGCAGCCGUUGUAUUGUGGGAUCGCGGCGCGGUGCCUGAGACGCUCGGAUCCACAGGGGCGCCCACUCAUUAGCGCCUCCUGUUGUCCGUAAGGCUGCCCUGCCAUUCCUCGGCACCCAACUCCCUCCACUCCCCCCCAUCGCCUCCUCCUCCAUCCUCCAGUUCAAAAUGGCGGCGGCGGCAGCAGCAGCGGCCGCGAUGGCUCCUCCGGGCUGCCCGGGUUCGUGCCCCAACUUCGCCGUAGUGUGCUCUUUUUUGGAGCGCUACGGGCCGCUGCUCGACCUGCCUGAGUUGCCGUUUCCCGAGCUGGAGCGGGUGCUGCAGGCGCCGCCGCCGGACGUCGGCAGUGGAGAAGUACCAAAAGAAUUGGUGGAGCUCCAUUUGAAGUUGAUGAGGAAGAUUGGCAAAUCUGUUACAGCAGACAGAUGGGAAAAAUAUUUGAUCAAGGUCUCCAGAUGUGGCAGGACCCAGCCUGAUGACAAGAAGAAGCACAGGAAACAGGAGAUAUGCCAAGAGUUUAAUAGCACCUGGGCAUGGGAGAUGGAGAAGAAGGGCUAUCUUGAAAUGAGUGUUGAAUGCAAACUAGCACUCCUGAAGUACCUCUGCGAGUGUCAGUUUGAUGACAAUCUCAAAUUCAAGAACAUUAUCAAUGAGGAGGAUGCUGAUACAAUGCGUCUGCAACCAAUUGGCCGAGACAAAGAUGGCCUCAUGUACUGGUACCAGUUGGAUCAAGAUCACAAUGUCAGAAUGUACAUAGAAGAACAGGAUGAUCAAGAUGGCUCUUCAUGGAAAUGCAUUGUCAGAAAUCGAAACGAGUUGGCCGAGACUCUUGCCCUCCUGAAAGCACAGAUUGAUCCUGUGCUGCUAAAAAACUCCAGCCAACAGGACAACUCUUCCCGGGAAAGUCCCAGCUUUGAGGAUGAGGAGACUAAAAAGGAGGAAGAAGCACCUAAACAAGAGGAACAGAAGGAAAAUGAAAAGAUGAAAAGUGAAGAGCAUCCAAUAGAUUCAGAAAACUGUUCUACACCCCGUGCUCUGGAAGAGGCCACUGUGAAAAUAGAGAAAGAAGAUGAAAAGGAACUUGUCAAACUGCCAGUCAUAGUCAAGCUAGAAAAACCUUUGCCAGAAAGUGAGGAAAAAAGGAUUAUCAAAGAAGAAAGUGAUUCCUUCAAGGAAAAUGUCAAACCCACUAAAGUCGAAGUAAAGGAAUUUAGAGCAGAUCCUAAAGAUACCAAAGGUAGCAUGGAGAAGCUGGAGCCAGAGAGGCUGGAGUUUGGUGGCAAUGUUAGAGCAUCUCAAGACAUCACUGAGAAGUCUACAGAAGAAACCGAGAAACUUAAAAAUGACCAGCAGGCCAAAAUACCACUAAAAAAACGAGAAAUUAAGCUGAGUGACGAUUUUGACAGUCCAAUCAAAGGACCUUUGUGUAAAUCAGUUACUCCAACAAAAGAGUUUUUGAAAGAUGAAAUAAAACAAGAGGAAGAGACUUGUAAAAGGAUCUCUACAAUCACUAUUUUGGGUCAUGAAGGGAAACAGCUGGUAAAUGGGGAAGUUGGUGAUGAAAAGGUAACUCCAAAUUUUAAAACAGAACAAAUGGAGACAAGGUUUUAUGAUACAAAGGACGAUAGCUAUAGCCCCUCUAAAGACAGAAGUGUCAUCGUGGAGGGAAAUGGAGCAGAGUCCUUAAAUUCUGUCAUAACGAAUAUGAAAAUAGGCGAUCUUGAGAAGGAAGUGGUCCCUCUAGGGAAAGAUGCAGAUAGUUCAAUGUCAGUCUUGGAGUCCCAAAAUCAAAAAGGGCAGUUAGAGGAAACUGGUCCUCCAGAAAUGGAAAUCUCUCUUGAGACUUCUGAAAUGGCAAAGGAUCUCUCUUUGAAAACUCCUUUAUCUGCUACUGAAUCUUGUACCCUGAAAGUUGAUGAGAAGUCUCCCAAAAGUAAAAAGGAUAAGCGCCCGCCAGUCCUAGAAUGUCUUGAAAAGUUAGAGAAGUCCAAAAAGACUUUUCUUGAUAAGGACACACAAAGAUUGAGUCCAAUACCAGAGGAGGUUCCAAAGUAUACUCUAGACUCAGUAAAGCCAGCCUCUCCUGAAGCAGCUGACACUUCAGCACCAUCUAACAUGACUGACCACUGUGAGAAGUUAGCCUCAGAAAAGGAAGUGGUGGAAUGUCAGAGCACAAGUUCCACUGAAGGUCAGCCCCUGGAAAAAACAGACCCAGAAAUUCUAAAAAAGGAUUCUGAAUCCACCAAGGUAGAAGCAGAUAAUGUGGACUAUGCCCAGACCUCUGGCACAGAGGAUCCUUCUGAGACAAAGGCUUCUAUGCAGAAAAGCAAAUUUAAAUAUAAGCUGGUUCCUGAAGAAGAAACCACUGCCUCGGAAAACACAGAGAUAACCUCUGAAAGGCAGAAAGAGGGCAUCAAAUUAACAAUUAGGAUAUCCAGUCGGAAGAAGAAGCCAGAUUCUCCUCCCCAAAUUCUAGAACCAGAAACCAAGCAAGAGAAGACAGAAAAGGAAGAAGAGAAAACAAAUGUAGGUCGUACCUUAAGGAGGUCUCCAAGAAUAUCUAGACCCACAGCAAAAGUGGCUGAGAUCAGAGAUCAGAAAGCUGAUAAAAAAAGAGGGGAAGGAGAAGAUGAAGUAGACGAAGAGUCAGCAGCUUUGCAGAAAGCAGACAAAAAAGAAAAUUUGAAAAAACUGGAGAAGGAUACGAAUUCUAAAGUAAGCAAGGUAAAACCCAAAGGCAAAGUUCGAUGGACUGGUUCUCGAACACGUGGCAGGUGGAAAUAUUCUAGCAAUGAUGAAAGUGAAGGGUCGGACAGUGAAAAAUCAUCUGCAGCUUCAGAGGAAGAGGAAGAAAAGGAAAGCGAAGAAGCUGUCCUAGCAGAUGAUGAUGAACCAUGCAAAAAAUGUGGCCUUCCAAACCAUCCUGAACUAAUUCUUCUGUGUGACUCUUGUGACAGUGGGUACCACACUGCCUGCCUUCGUCCUCCUCUGAUGAUCAUCCCAGAUGGAGAGUGGUUCUGCCCUCCUUGCCAACACAAACUUCUGUGUGAGAAAUUAGAAGAACAAUUGCAGGAUUUGGAUGUUGCCUUAAAGAAGAAGGAGCGUGCUGAACGCAGGAAAGAACGUUUGGUGUAUGUGGGUAUCAGUAUUGAAAACAUCAUUCCUCCACAAGAGCCAGAUUUUUCUGAAGAUCAUGAAGAAAAGAAAAAAGAUUCGAAAAAAUCCAAAGCAAACUUACUUGAAAGGAGAUCAACAAGAACACGGAAAUGUAUAAGUUAUAGAUUUGAUGAAUUUGAUGAAGCAAUCGAUGAAGCUAUAGAAGAUGACAUCAAAGAAGCUGAUGGAGGAGGAGCCGGCCGAGGAAAAGAUAUCUCCACCAUUACAGGCCACCGUGGGAAAGACAUCUCUACUAUUUUGGAUGAAGAAAGAAAAGAAAAUAAACGACCCCAGAGGGCAGCUGCUGCACGCCGGAAGAAACGCCGGCGACUGAAUGAUCUGGACAGUGACAGCAACCUGGAUGAAGAAGAGAGUGAGGAUGAAUUCAAGAUCAGCGAUGGAUCUCAAGAUGAGUUUGUUGUAUCUGAUGAAAACCCAGAUGAAAGUGAAGAAGACCCACCAUCAAAUGAUGACAGUGACACUGAUUUCUGUAGCCGGAGAUUGAGGCGACAUCCUUCCCGGCCAAUGAGGCAAAGCAGGCGUUUGCGGAGAAAGACCCCAAAGAAAAAGUACUCUGACGACGAUGAAGAGGAGGAGUCUGAGGAGAACAGUAGAGACUCUGAAAGUGAUUUUAGCGAUGAUUUUAGUGAUGAUUUUGUAGAAACUCGGCGAAGGCGGUCAAGGAGGAACCAGAAAAGACAAAUUAACUACAAAGAAGAUUCCGAAAGUGAUGGUUCCCAGAAGAGUUUACGACGUGGAAAAGAAAUCAGACGAGUUCACAAGCGCAGGCUUUCCAGUUCAGAGAGUGAAGAGAGCUAUAUGUCCAAGAACUCUGAAGACGAUGAGCUAGCUAAAGAAUCAAAGCGGUCAGUUCGAAAGCGGGGUCGAAGCACAGAUGAGUAUUCAGAAGCAGAUGAGGAGGAAGAAGGCAAACCAUCUCGAAAACGGCUACACCGGAUCGAGACAGACGAGGAGAGUUGUGACAAUGCUCAUGGAGAUGCAGAUCAGCCUGCCCAUGACAGCCAGCCCAGGGUCCUGCCCUCUGAACAGGAGAGCACCAAGAAGCCCUAUCGGAUAGACAGCGAUGAGGAAGAGGACUUUGAAAAUGUAGGCAAGGUGGGGAGCCCUUUGGACUAUAGCUUAGUGGACUUGCCUUCCACCAAUGGACAGAGUCCUGGCAAAGCCAUUGAGAACUUGAUUGGCAAGCCAGCUGAGAAGCCUCAGACCCCCAAGGACAACAGCACAGCCAGUGCGAGCCUGGCCCCCAAUGGGACAAAUGGUGGGCAGGAGGCAGGGGCACCAGAAGAGGAGGAAGAUGAGCUUUUAAGAGUGACUGACCUUGUUGAUUAUGUCUGUAACAGUGAACAGUUAUAAGACUUCUUUUCCAUUUUCGUGCUAAUUUAUUCCACGGUAGCUCUCACACCAGCGGGCCAGUUAUUAAAAGCUGUUUUAUUUUUCCUAGAAAACUCCACUACAGAAUGACUUUUUAGAAGAAAAAUUUCAACAAACCCUGAAGUCUUUCUGUGAAGUGACCAGUUUUGAACUUUGAAGAUAAAUAAUUGCUGUAAAUUCCUUUUGAUUUUCUUUUUCCAAGUUCAUGGUCCUUGGUAAUUUCAUUCAUGGAAAAAAAUCUUAUUAUAAUAACAACAAAGAUUUGUAUAUUUUUGACUUUAUAUUUCCUGAGCUCUCCUGACUUUGUGAAAAAGGGUGGAUAAGAAUGCAUUCCAAAUCUGUGAGGGCCCAAAACAAUUAGGGGUGGGAGAAAGCACUUGUGCUUUAGCUUUUUCAUAUUAAAUAUAUAUUAUAUUUAAACAUUCAUGGCAUAGAUGAUGAUGAUGACAGACUGGUUAAAAAUUCCAGUCUGUAUUGUUGCAGUUUGAGAACUGUAGAUAACAUCAUACAUAAGUCAUUCAGUAACAGCAUUCAUGAUAUCAACUUGUUUACUAUUGGAGAUAACCACACUUAAUAAAGAAGAGAUGGAGAAAGCACCAUCAUUAAAAACUCUAACAUGAGUUUCUGUUAUAGCGGAGUUUCUUGUUUUAAAAAAAAAAAUCAUCUGAAAAACAUUUGUACAGUAAAAUGUAUAAUGAAGCUUUGACAACCAGAUUGUGCUAGCAGCAAAUUUUUUUAAGCAGCUUUAUGCAGUGGUGAUGAGGUGGCCUCUAAUAUCCUAUCAAUGGAGAGUUAUUAGUGAAAUAAGUGUGGUCUUUCCUUAGGCCCAGGUGGACUGUAAACUUGGCAGAUAGUGUAACUCUUGUCUUCUGGCCACUUAAUAUUUAAAUAUCUGAAAUAUCCCAUUUUGAGAGAAAUACAUCUAUACAUAACAUACAUGAAGAGAUGCUAAGCUGACAGCGGUAUUUUAGCACAUUUGAUGACGGGGAAAGGAUUUUCAGGUGAAUUUUAACUGGUCUAUUCUUGCCCUUAGUAUCUACUUCAAAUUGAAGUCUACAAACAAAGCAGUUCCUUUGGGAGGUUUUUAGUUUGAGUUUUAGCAUGUGUGUGUGUGUAUAUGUGUGUGGGUGUGUAUGUGUGUGCGUUGGAAUUUCCUAUCUGCCUGGAUAUAUUAGCAGGGUUUGAAUGUAGUUUUGGCCUUUGGCCAUUAGACUUCUAUUAAAAUUCAUGAACAGUCACACAACCAACCUAGAGUUGAUUGAGAACCGCCAAUAUACUUAAUGGGCAUGACAUCCAUUUCAAACAUCUCAACACUUUAAUGAAAGAUAAGCCCUUUGUUUCAAGAAAAAGGGGUUUAUAACUAAAUAUCUAACAUGUAACUGACACUAAAAUAUGAACUUUGUCUUAUUUAGUUACUGUCACAGCUGUAAAAUUUCAGGCAGAGCCAUAAAUAACAUUGUAUAAAGUGUAGCACUUGUGAUUAAACCUUGCCUGUCAAAUUCUGAAACCUUCAGCCAUUACUUCUGUGAAUACUUUUGCCCUGGGAUUUGGGUUUUUCUGUUCCGGUGUUGUGUCUGUUGCCGGCAACGGACACACCAUAUCUGCUGCUGGCCCAAGGAACUUUGUUAAUUUUUCUUUCCAAAUUAAGCAUUAUAUGUGCUAGUCAGUGUAUAGUAAAGCACUUCUCUUUUUUAUUAUUAAAAAGCUGGCAUUAGACUUGCAUUAUAAAUACCUCUCUAGAAACUUUAUACUCCUUCUUUUCCUUCCUCAACAGGUGUUGCCCUUAAAUCUUAUCUUUUGGCCUUGAAAGUUUAUAGCUGUUGUUUUUCAUUUGUUGGUUCUUUUGUUUGUUUUGUUUCACUUCAGUUGUGUAGUACCUGCCCAUUAAUAUUUUUGCUUUGAUUCUAGCAAUGUAUAUGUAUCUGUAUAAAAAAUAAAAUAAUGAAAGCAGCCUAAAAAUAGGAUGCACCAAUAGCAUGUGGUUCCAA